GAUAUGUGUUACUUAACGAAUCGAAUCGAAUCGAAGGAUAUCAUUAAAUAUUCAUAUCGAAUAUCACUUUGAGUGACUUGACUUUAGUUUACUUACUUUACACUUUAGUUAUCUUACUUACUUGAUACUUACUUACUGAUUACUAAAUACUUAGAGUCAUGUCAAGACAGAAUCAACUUAGAACAACUAACCAUCAACAUGAAUUACCACCCAUCAGAACAUUAACCACCACUGCUACUACUACUACUACCACUACCACUUCACCUCAAUCUAAUCAAACUCAACUUUCUCAUUCAAAUCAAUCUAUCAACUUGGCAAACGAUCCUCUCAGUCAAGAUUAUAAAGAAGUCGAAGCUCAUCUAGCCAACAGUUUACCUGAUUUCUUAGUCUCUUCUACAUCAAAUUCAGAUGAUUUAUCUCGUAAACGAAAACUGGCUUCACUUGGUGCUUGGGACUUGAAUCAUUUCAAUGCUAAACGUAUGUCGCCUACCCAACCAAAUACUAAUCAUGGCUUUUCUAAUCCAUCUGGCACUACAACUGAGCCCAAUCAAUUCUCAGAGCAUAACUCAGAAUCCACGUUUGAUCAUCAUAAUCUAACAUCUCAUCCCACUGCGGUAAACCCGUUACGAUCUUCUACUGAACCUGUUCCUCAACAUCAUCUCUCCGAGACAUCUUCACGUCCUCCUCAAGGACCAGACGCAGUGGCUUCACUUCUGACGGCUUAUCUUAACAAUCCAGUGAAUCCGGUCAUUGGUCAGAAUACCCCUCUAAGUCGAAUAUCACCUCUGGCUCAAGUGGCUGCCUUUGGAUCCAAUGAAAACGUUCGACAAGCUGUCUUGUGUGGUUUAGCUCAAUCUCAAACAAAUGAAACUCCUUCUUGGGCUAAAGAACGACCUACUAAACUUGAAGGACCGUUUCUUUGUAUACCUCAAAGUACAGAAGAUCCGAUUAAAUCUAAACAAGUCCCAUUGAUCUAUGGACCCGUUGAUCCUAGUUUACUUGAUCCUCAAACUGUCAUUGCUGUUUAUUAUGCUUGUUAUGCAAGUGAUUCAACUACUACUUCUUCGGAUUUUAAAUUUGAUUUAGAAGUACUUGAUCCAGUUUUAGGUGGUACACCAUUAGUUCCACCUUCUGCUUCGACUUCUGUUCCGGUUUCAGUGGUUCCUUCAACUCUCAACAACUCAACACCACCAGUUAAAACUAAAAAUCCUCAUACUCAUAAACGAAAUAGUGUACCUUCUAUGAGUAGAGAACAAAUUAUUGAAGAAGCUGCUUCUGGUGUGGAUCCUUUCAAGGUUCCUGAGGUGGAUAUGUCUGCAAGGAAACGAGCGCCUAGGAAAUGUGGAGUGUGUGGGCAAUAUUAUUGUAAAGGAAGAGGUAAUCGAACUCUUUGUCCUUCUUAUAUUCAAGGAAGAGAUGAUUCACCUACACAACCACCUAGGUAUGAUCGACUUGGAGAAAACGAAUCAUCACCACAUCUACCAGCAAUUCCAAUGGCAGUGAAUAUCACCAGUUCAAGCCAUCGAACUAAUCAUUCACCUCAUUUGUUAGGUGAUAGGUAUAAUAAUGAUAUAAGAGUCAAUGAUACUAUGAAUCAUGAAUCACCUAUAACUCAUCAUAUCGAAGGAAGAUCAGGAGGAACCUCUUCAUCUAUCUCUGCACCACCUGCUUGGUCCUUUAUGAAUUCAGAUAAACCUAUGAGUUCGAUUCAACAAGUUGAUGAUGGAAAUCGAAAUGAAUCAAAAGAUGAAGGUUUAGUAGAAGAAUCAUCUAAUAGACGACAUUCUUCUUCUGGUACUGGUACGGGUGGUGUUGGAUUACCAUCCACAUCGUCUUCUGAAAAUGUUAGAAAAAGAGGUCCUAGACGUUGUGCUGUUUGUCAAUUGAUGAAUUGUCCUGGAAAUGGAAAUCGAAAACUUUGUAGUAAUCGUCCAAAUCAAUCUUUGAAUGAUGGAGUGGUCGGUUCUACAAAUAGUCCUGAUUGUAAAUUCGAACCUCAACAAGUUUAAUUCGAUUUGGGGUUUUGUUUUGACUUUUUCUUUUGGAAAGAGGAUCAUUGGAGACCUUUUCCAUUAUCAAAACCGAAACCAAAAGAAAUGACAAGUUUGAUUGGGUUUGGCUUUCUUUCUUCGUGUAUUUCAAUAUAUGAUGAAGAUGAUGGGUCUCUGUGUUACCUUAUUUUUUCUUUCUCGACUUUUUUCUUUUGUGGAUUCUUUUCUUCUUGUUGUUUUUUUUUUUCAUAAAAGAAAAGGAAGAAGUUUGUUUCUUUCUUUGGAAUUUUCUUUUCAUCAUAUUUGUUAUUUUUGUUAUCUUUGUUUGUUUUUGUUUGUUUGUUUGUUUGUAAGGAAGAAGACGAGAUGGAAACUUUUUCUAAUUUAUCUGUGACUAUUUUUGGAAAACAAAAAAACAAAGUUUCAAAGUA